AUGGGAAAAAAACUAAACCAACUUUGCGUGGUCGAUCUUUGGUCGGAGCUCGACAAAAGAAACCUUGAUAAAUCAGGCCUAAAAGCAGCUCUGGUCGAACAUUUAGAGCAAUCACUGCUGGACGAAACAGUUAAAUUAAGUGACUCUACUAAUGUGCAAGACGAAGUUAGCGAAACUGAUGUAAAAUCGAAAUCAAACAAGAAUCAAACAUGCAGUUGCGAGCUAAUGGCGGCAGAUCUAGAGGGUGUAAAGCUAGACAUUGUCAUACUGCAGCAGCAGAUGAAAGCUUCGGCGUCGUAUAACUUGAAUACGAUUAAAGAUUUAAACUCCGAAGUAGAGAUUACAAGACUACAACAAGAGCUGGCUGGAGAAAAGAAAGCAUCAGAAAAACUAAAAACGAAUAUUGAAUCGCUUGAAGACCGUGCCACAAAAGCCGAAGAAGAAAGGGAUUCCCUUCGAUUAGCUCUAACAAUCAUAAUGCAAGACAAAACGACUAAAGUAUCGGAGAAUAUAGAUGACCAAUCCCAAAAUCCGUGGAGAAAUGCUGAGUCGAAGUAUCCAAUCAAGCAAGACGAAAGCAAAAAACAUGACGGACGAUCAGCAAAACAAAGCGAUGGAAACAAGCGUAAUGGACAACGAGCGACUACCUCAAAUCAAUACGAGAUACUACAAGUUGAGGACUUGUGUAACGAAGAAAGUCCCGAAGUGUCGAGCACAAAGCCAAAAGUACAACGUCCACGAGUUAACGUUGAAAAAAAGGGUGAACCAGACACGGCCCCGUGUGAUGUGGCGAUUUUAGGGGACUCUAUGAUCAAGCAUGUCGACGCUUGGAAACUUCGACAAAGCACAAACAAGAUCAUUGUAAGAACUUUCUCUGGUGCCAAAACUGCUGACAUGAAGCACUAUAUAAAGCCGACUCUUUCUCUGAAUCCGAAGCAUAUAAUAAUUCACACUGGAACGAAUGAUUUGAAAACCAAGACACCGGCUGACAUUGUUAGAGAUAUGGCAAGUCUGGGGAAAUUGGCAAAACAACACAAUUCAAAGAUAGACGUCUCCCUUUCAGAGGUAAUCGUUAGAAAUGAUAAAAGUAAUUUGAACAACAAAUCUAGAGAAGUGAAUAAACUCAUGAGCGCGAUCUUUGCGAGCAAGAAAACUGGAGAUUAA